CAGAAAAAGGAAGAUGAUGAAAGUGUGCAUACGACAGUUGAGACAGAACCUAAAAAGCAAGUAUGCCUUGAAGACUGCAUUGAACUGUUUACAGACACUGAAAAGCUAAGUGAAGAAGAUCCUUGGUAUUGUUCACAGUGUAAAGAGUUUCAACAAGCUGACAAGACUAUGAAACUUUGGCGGCUACCUCAAGUGCUGAUAGUUCAUCUAAAGCGUUUUUCAUAUGAUAGGUACUGGAGAGACAAGUUGGACACUUUAGUGGAGUUUCCUGUGAUUAACCUAGACAUGUCAAAACAUGUCGUCAAUAAAGAUGAUCCAUCUUGCAAAUUGUAUGACUUGUGUGCGAUUUCAAAUCAUUAUGGAGGAUUAGGUGGUGGCCACUACACAGCCUAUUGCAAAAACAAGGACACCGGCAAGUGGUAUCAUUUUGAUGACAGUAGUGUGUCAGAAGUAGAUAGCACAAACCGUCUCGUGUCAAAAGCAGCCUACGUUCUCAUCUACUUGAGACAAGACAUUAGCAAGGAGGUCAUGAGACAACGGUCUAUCAGUGAGUGUAGGCCUGAAGAGAAUGAUGAUGAUGAUGAAGACAUGGAAGAUAGUGGUGAGAAGAGCAGAGAAGCAAAAGCAGAACAAGAUGGUAGUGAGUCUGUAGAAAUGAAGGUGGAUGAAGCUGGUAGCAAUGAUUAGUGCCUAAGCAAUGAAUGUCUUUUAUUGUAUGGAUUUGGUGUGUGGAUCAGCUCUUGUCGUUUUGUUCUUGUUAGCAUAAUGACUAUUUGCUUGCAUCCUUCAUUCGGUCAUUCAUUUAGCAUCUAUGUAUAAGUUUAAUUGACUGAGCUCAGUUUGAAUACAACCAUAUAUUACGUA